AUGGCCAUCACGGGCCGCACUUGUUUGGGUAUGCAACACCCCACCUUGGAAGUGAGAGAUGAUGACUGGGUUGAUAUUGAUGAUGGUGCAGCGGUUGAGAACGCUGAGCUUGAAAUGGCAGUUCAGACACAGGUCACAGAGAAUGCGAAACACUUGCAAUCCAAGGAGUCUCACAAUUCUUCAUCACAGUGUCCCGGAGGGCUGGACACAGAUGGCUGCAUUUGGACACUCCUGAGGAGUCAAGUUCGACUGCUUCCUCAUCGUCCACUGACGGUGACGAUAGCCCUGAAGGGGAACAGGCCGGAGACUAAACGUCAGGCGCUGAAGAGCUUAAAAUUCAGGUUUAGACCGCCAGCGUGGGUUGCCAUGGACGAAGCACAACAAAAGGAAUAUGUUGCUGCGCAUAUGGAUUCAGAUUUACAAUUUGUUUUGUCAGAUUCCGGCAUCUCUUUGGAGGGACAGGUUGCCAUUGCUCGGAGGUAUGGCAACAUGAGGAAAUUUAGGGCAGUUGUUGACACACGUGCAGACGUGCGUAGGGCCUGUUUGAAUGACUUUGCGAUUCCACAGGAUACACCAGAGAGCAGGGCAGAGACAGCUGCAGUGGUUUCAGCCUGGGAGGUUGCCCAGGAAUACAUCUCGAAGGAGGUGGAGAUUCGUGCAGAGGCAAAGGUUCUUGGCCAGCCACGGGCCUUGCAGGUCUACGAGAGGCAGGCAAUGUUGAAAGCAGUGGAGUUGGUCUAUGGGCCAUUACAAGAGGCAGAAGCCCCUUCUGCUGAGUAUCUUUCAGUCAAGGCAGAGGAGACAGAAACAAAUGAGCCACAGGCUUCGUCGUUGGACGAAGUAACCAGCAAGCGUGACUCACAAACGGCAGAGCUUCAGACUGGCUUGGAUUCAUCAGGACAUAUCAGGAUCACAAAGACCAAGGUGAAAUCGAAGCUUCCGGCGACCACGGAAGAGUAUCGCAGAGGCAGUCAGAGAGUCAAGCCCGAUUGGUCUAUCGUGUUGAACUUUGAGCACAGGUUGCGUAAAGAGGCUUGCAAGAUGAUUGUCAGAGAUGGUAUCUCACUUGCCGAUGCUUUGCACCGGGUGAUCCAUGACCCGGAGCUCAAGGAGACGUUUUUCACCACCCCUGUUGCGUUACGCGCUUCCAUGUCACAGCACUCAGAGGGCUUUCAGCAGAACAAGUUUCAAAGGUUCAACAGCAAGGGCUCAAAAGGCAAGGGAAAGGAGAUCCGUAAAGAGUUAGCUGGUUUGCAGCUGGCAUGGAGGACACCAGACAAUCGUGAGUUGUGCUUUGGUUACAAUACAGGCACUUGCAAUGGCAAAUGUGAUCGAGUUCAUCACCGGGGUGGCGUGCCAAACGGGCCACCGGCACAGCCAGUGCUGGUAAAGGUUCUCUAUUUGUUUGCUGGGAAGCGGCGGCAAUCGGAUGUCAGCACUUUCUUGAAAAAGCUGGAGGAAGCUGGAAAGAUUCGAUUGCAGUUGCAGGAAUUUGACAUCGAACGUUCUGAGACACAUGAUUUGCGAAGCAAAGAGCUGUGGGACCAGAUAUGUGAGACACUCAAGGAGGGAGGAUGGUUUUUGAUCGUCAGUCCUCCGUGCAACACCUUUUCACGUGCACGAUUUCAAUGGCGACGGUAUCCUGGCCCAAGGCCACUCAGAAGUCGCACAUGGCCUAAGGGAUUCCCAUGGCUUUCAAAUGUUAAUGCGAAAAUCGUCAACGAGGCCAAUGAGUUUGUCUUGCAGUGCAUUAAUGCUUGCUAUGUAGUUGUACAGCAUGACGGAUGGUUUUUGCUUGAGCACCCUGAAGAUUUAGGGAUCGUUGACGGUGAGGUCCCAGGCUCCAUAUGGCAAUGGGAGGAGAUCCACAAUUUACUUGCAUGGUGUCACGGUAUCACAAUAGCAAUUCAUCAGUGCCAAUUUGGCGCAUUGACAUCCAAGCCUACACGACUGAUGUGUAAUUUUCAGGUUCAAGACCGCAGGUGCUACUUGGGGUUUCCAAAGUUUGACAAGACUAACAGGUAUUUGGGCCCACUUCCACAGAAAUGCGGUCACAGACACACGUACAAACUUAUGGGAAAGACUGGAAACCGUUGGAAUACAAGUCCAAGUGCAGCAUACCCUCCAGGUAUGUGCAAAUUUAUUGCAGAUGCCAUUUUUGGUGCUGUCGCAACCUCCGGAGGGGGUGCAAAGAAUGGCAAGCAAUUGGCUUCACUUGAGUCAAGUGGGGCUGGAGCCCCACUUGAGUCGAGUAUUGCCCCUUCUCACAAAACAGCCUCCAACGUUGAGUCAACUGAGUCAGCAGCGGCACCACUUGAGUCAAGUGCUAUGCCUUCUUGCACAGCGGUGUUUUGCAGGGAUACAGCUACGCCAACAACAGAUACGGCCCCAGGAGAGGCUCAGAACCAUGCAUGUGCUGAAAACGAUGAUGACGAGGUACAUGACACACAGGGCUUUGAUAUGGAAGCAUGCUUGAAUAGGGGCCGCCCUAUUAGUGUUGAAUGGGAUGGCCGCUCUCGUGAGUUUGUGGAUGGGUUUGGUCUUUGCUCACCCACGAGAUGGCCACCUCUUGCAAGAGGUGUGAGGAGGUCGGACACAAUGAGAAAGUUGGCGUCAGAGACUUUUGUUUUGCUGCAGGAUAUGGUUCACAGAUGCAUCCCUGAUGUCAGGGCAGCGGCGUUCAGAUUGGUUACUGGAAAGUUUGAAUCCUCACCGUUUUCAGUUGGAGAGCUUACAGCAUUGAGAAAGAGGUGGGCUUCCCUUUUGUCUGAUCCAGCAGAUGCACUUAUUGUUGAUGAGGGACAACCGUUUUUGCUUAGGGGGCUGUCACAAUGGCUCACAGUAUACCCUGAGAAAGUGAAGCAUAGAAAACUUGAUGACUCCGAGUUCAAUCCCAUUGCAAACAACUAUCAAUCAGCUCAGGUCUCAUCCACUGAGUUGGAAGCCAAGUUCAGAGAAGAGGAGGCAUUGGGGCGCAUGUACCCGACCAGGUUUUCUACGUUGAAGCAGGAGUUUGGUGAAGAGCGUAUCAGGAUUGCUGCCAUGGCUGCGAUUGCCAAGCCUGACGGCACCGUCAGGCCACUACAUGAUGGUACACAUUCAGUUCAAGUUAACAAUCGCAUUGUUUACAGAGAUCAGAUACAAUGCCCUGGACCUGCUGAAGUUGCAGCAGUGGUGAGGGAAUCUGUUGAAACCUUGGAAGCUCCCUUUUGUGUGUCGGCAGACAUUAAAGCGGCACACAGACUUGUGAAGGUGCGUCGUUGUGAUUGGCCAUACAUGUGUUGCAAAGCAAACACUGACUCACCUACAGUGUGGGUUAACAGGGUUGGAACUUUUGGCAUCUCAAGCGCGCCCUACUGGUGGGCGAAACUCUUGGCAAUGGUUGGACGAUUUGUAGGGCAUCUCAUGAUGAACGCUUGGUUUCUUCAUCUGGUUUAUGUUGACGACUUACACGGAUCAUUUGUCGGCAGGGAGAAAUUUUCGAACUUGUGGGUUUGGAUCUUGGCCUUUGAACUGGUUGGCACACCGUUUGCCUAUCACAAGUUUCGUGGCGGGUUCUCCUCUGAAUUUGUUGGAUACCAACUGAGAUAUGACCUCAAUGAGGUAGGGAUUUCUUUACGAAGGGGCGAUUGGCUUGUGAAAUGGAUCAACACCGCUGCGGAAAAGAGGUUUGUGGUUGUGACUCGUGAAUUCUCUGAAUUUCUUGGCCGGCUUGGAUUCGUCUCUCAGUUACUGGUGUGGCUGAAGCCGCAUUUAUCGCCAUUGUAUGCUUGGGCAUCAGCCACAUCCGGCAGCACAGUUGCGAAGCUUCCGGAUGCGGUGAUCUUGACAAUGACAUAUUUGCUGACUGAGUUCAGAUCUGAAACUUACAUGGUCUCAGCGAAGAGGCCGGCCACAUUCACAGGUGAGCAAUUCAGGACAGAUGCAAAGUGCACUGACACUUCAGUUGUCCUUGGUGGAUGGGAAAUAUCAACUGGUCGAUGGUUCCAGCUUAUUCUGUCGGAGUCCGACGUGCCAUAUUAA